CAGCAAAUCACCUGAACCAACCCAUCUACUCAGAAAAUCAUGGAUAAAGGAAAUGGUUCUGCCAUGACUGGAUUCAUUCUUCAAGGAUUCACGGAUAAUCCCAAAAUGCAGCUGGUUCUUUUUACAGUCUUCCUCUUGAUUUAUGUCAUCACUGUGUUAGGGAAUCUAGGGAUGAUUCUGUUGAUUUGCACUAAACCCCAACUUCACAAACCCAUGUAUUACUUCCUGGGCAAUCUCUCCUUUGUUGAUCUCUGCUGUGCCUCAACCAUUGCUCCUAAAAUGCUGAUUGACUUAUUAAGUGAAACUAAAAGGAUUUCAUACAGUGGCUGUGUUACACAGGUCUUUCUGUUUGCUAUCCUUGCAGAUGCAGAAUGCCUUUUGUUGGCUGUUAUGGCCUAUGACAGAUACGUGGCCAUCUGCAAUCCACUCCUCUAUCCAACCGUAAUGUCCAAAAAGGCCUGCCAGAAAAUUAUCUCUAUUGUGUACUUUACAGGCCUGCUAGAUUCAAUGAUACAAACUUCCUGUAUAUUCCAACAAUCUUUUUGUAGUUCCAACGUUAUCAAUCACUUCUUCUGUGAUGAGCCUCCACUUCUAAUACUCUCCUGUUCCAACACAUAUAUUACUGAGAUUGUGCUAUUUACUACUGUUGGCUUUGGUGAAGCAGGCAGCGUUAGUAUGAUUCUUGUAUCCUAUGUUUACAUUUUGGCUACAAUCUUGAGAAUGCGCUCUGCUCUGGGCAGGCACAAAGCAUUUUCCACUUGUGCCUCUCACUUGACAGCUGUUGGGAUAUAUCAUGGGACAAUACUCUUCAUGUACUUCCGACCAAAUUCUAGUUACUCCAUGGACCAAGACAAAUGGGCCUCUAUGUUCUACACAGUUGUGAUCCCUAUGCUCAAUCCUUUGAUCUACAGCCUGAGAAACAAGGAGGUGAAAGAUGCUGUGCCAAAAUCUUUUGGCCAUAUAUGGAUUUGGAUUGGGGGAAAAAUGUUUUACAAUAACUUGCAUUUGAGGAGGAGGGACAUAUAGAACAUAUAUCUUGAAGGCAUGGUAAAUUCAGUGGGGGAUAUGUGAAUUUUUAAAGAAUGUAAACCUAGAAAAAAUUAAUAGACAACUUAAUACAACUCUCUGCUGCUUAUGGAGAAGAGGCAAUUCAGUGUAAAAAAGAAUAUACAUUGUGUACUCUUGUCCUUUCAAACGUGUAUACAUGGAAUUGC